AUGCCACCGUCCAGAUAUACCGCUUUCGGGCCCGCCACAAUACCAACGAUCGAAGAGCCCGUACUAGAAGCCAACCACGAAUUGAAAGAUGUUCCCUUCACUGGGGGUGGGAAAGCUAAUGGCGAAAAAACACUGACGGUCGAUCCUGCUCUCAAUACCGUUAGUGGGUCACCAGAAGCCACGGGCCCGGACGAUAGCCCUUCCGAAAAGGGACAACGAGGAAGGGGAAAAAGACGACCAAAAAUGCAGUCGGGAGGAGAGACGCCUAACAAUGUUAGUGGGUGGUGCAACCAUAAAUGAGAACUAGACUGGAGGCUGAACUAUUCAGAAACGCAAAACUCAAGUCAGGCUAGCACAACGAGCAUAUCGCGCGCGCAAAGAUGCAACUAUAGCAUCACUGAAUGACCGGAUUUAUCAAUUAGAAGGACUUGUGGAGCAAAUGAGCAGAACAUUUCUUUCAUUGAGUGGUGAGUUGGUAAAGUCUGGAGUUUUGGCAUCGACCCCAGACCUGGCACGGACACUUCAACAGUCUACAAAACACUAUCUGUCCCUCACAAACCAGGCAGUUUCGGUCGUGGAUAAUGGCCCUGGUGAUACGGCAACUGACAGCUCCUUCUUGCCCUCGGACUCAACUUUACCUGCUAGUGAUGCGUCUCCUGUUGCCGAAGGCAAAGGCAAUCUCAAUAAUAGCAUCCUUCCUGCGGAUUAUUCUCUGCCGCCAUCACUGGACUGCCCGACUGCUAUCACCAGCCAAAGCGGAGAAGCAGGAUUUGCUUACCGGCUUCAUCGUGCCUGCGUUGAAGUUGCAUACAGGUGUCUCACUGAUCCAGAUUCUCGUCCCCAAACCAUCUAUCAACGACUUGGUCUUCCCUUGGGGAUAGUGACGCCGCAACGUCUGACAUUUCUUUUCGAAUCGUUUCUGCGAAAUGGCUUUUUUGCCCAUUCCGGUGACCUGGAGGUUCCCUUCUUUGGUAUCGGCGGUGCCGGGUCACAUUAUAUCGAUUACCGGAGGGAUUAUAUCACAGCAAAUACUAUUCGCGAGCAAAGCUCAACAAACGUUGCCACUAAUCACCAGUCCACUUAUGAGAUGCGAGAUGUCUGGCUCGAUUGUUACGAUGUAGAAGGAUAUCUCAAAGAGAAUGGUAUUGUCCCUGUCGGUGUUUCCAAACACUCGGUGAACACUCAUCCACACUUACACUCUCGAAAUGACAAUAAUGACGAGCUGCAAAACGGCCGGCACUUUUUCGCAUCCACGCAUAAUAAGGCUCAGCAGUACGGGUCUACAACAAAGCUCUUAGAAGAACGAGCGCUGAUUCAAAGUAAGCGUCCCAUUACUCGACAGUGAUCGUCCUACUCCUAUCCCAGACUGAUUUGCUUAUCAGUGCUUACCGGAUGUUGUAUUUGCCUUGGACGCGCUCCGGGAUUUCGUCGAGUGGAGGUGGAGCGCUUUGUAAUGGAGCUGGGAAAUAUAUGUUAAUAAUUAGCCCAGGCAUCCUGGUGAUGCUUUCUUUACCUGAGUAUGCUCCUUUCUUGUUUAAAAACCUCUUGUUGGACGUAGAACGCCCUCUCACAGCAGUCACUUGGGCCCAUUCUGUCCACAUACAUUUACCAAGGGUGGUCCACCAUCAGUGGAGUGGAAAUCACCGUAAAAUAAUAAGUAUGCUUUACCUAAUCAUUAGAUUUCCCCCCCUCUUUCGCGUUCCUCUUUUCUCCCUUUCUUUCUUCAUUACUCUACCCUCCUAUCUACAAUCCAUAUCAACAGUGAGUAUAAGGAAAGGGAUUAAAAAUGAAUACCUAG